AUGAAUUCCCCUAGCCAGCUUUCUUCCGAGUCUGAUGACGAACCACUCUCUCGGAGAGGCAAAGGCAAAGGCAAAGGCAAAGGCAAAGUCAAAGUCAAAGUCAAAAGCAAAGCCAAGGCUUCUGCGGACCCUCCCAAAGCUUUGACCUUCGCAGAACUGCAAAGGCUCCGCGAAGAGGGGAAAGCCGAAAGGGCCCACAAGACCAGGGUGCGAAUGGAAGAAAAGGCCAUGCGGAAACGGUUGGGUAGGAAGCUUACCUCUGAAGAAAGGUCGACUAUCGCCCUGCAUUUCCAUCAUGAAGAACUUCGCAAUGUCUGGGGAGAUUUGGAAGAAUCCAUACCCGUUGUCGUGCCCAUUAAAGCUGACCAGCCUGCGAAUAUCAAGCUCACGCUACUACCAUUCCAGCGGGAGAGCCUGUAUUGGAUGAAACAGCAAGAACAGGGUGUAUGGCAUGGUGGCAUGCUUGCCGACGAAAUGGGGAUGGGAAAGACCAUCCAAAUCAUCGCCCUUCUUGUUUCUGAUAAAAAGAAGCCAAACCUUGUCAUCGCCCCGACUGUUGCUAUCAUGCAGUGGAAGAAUGAAAUCGAAGCUCAUACUGAUGGCAUGAAAGUUCUCAUUUGGCACGGCCAGUCUCGAGAAUCCGAUGUGAAAGAGCUCAAGAAGUAUGAUGUAGUUUUAAGUACCUACGCCGUCCUGGAGAGCUCUUUCCGAAAGCAAGAGAAAGGUUUCGAGCGUAAGAAGGGUGACCGCAAAAUGCUCGUAACUGAAAAGUCACCGGUGCAUCAAAUACAGUGGAACCGAAUUAUCCUGGACGAAGCACACAAUAUCAAAGAGCGCGCAACAAAUACAGCGAAAGCCACGUUUAAGCUACAGGGUAAUUACCGCUGGUGUCUCUCCGGAACGCCACUCCAGAAUCGCGUUGGAGAAUUGUAUAGUCUAGUUCGAUUCUUGGGCGGUGAUCCAUUCUCCUACUAUUUCUGUAAACGAUGCCCUUGUAAAUCACUGCACUGGCGAUUCAAGGACAGGUGUACUUGCGAUGAUUGCGGACAUAGCCCGAUGCAACAUACUUGUUUCUGGAACAGCGAAAUCUUGACGCCAAUCCAAAAGUAUGGAAUGGAAGGAUCAGGGAAACCAGCCUUCAAGAAGCUCAAGAUAUUGUUGGACCGCAUGAUGCUGCGUAGGACCAAACUCGAACGCGCUGACGAUCUUGGGUUACCUCCUCGUACCGUGAUUGUCCGCAGAGACUAUUUCAGUCCAGAGGAGAAAGAGCUUUAUACGUCCCUGUUCUCAGAUGCCAAGAGGCAGUUCAAUACCUACCUGGAUCAUGGGACCAUUCUGAAUAAUUAUUCGAAUAUUUUCAGUUUGCUGACUCGUAUGCGGCAAAUGGCUUGUCAUCCGGAUCUUGUGAUUCGGAGCAAGACCAAUGCUAAUAAAUUUGUACCAGAAGAUGAGGGCGAAGCCACGGUUUGCCGACUUUGUAAUGACAUAGCGGAAGAUGCCAUUCAGUCCAAGUGUCGGCACAUCUUCGACCGGGAAUGUAUCAAGCAGUAUCUGAACACAGCUGUCGAACAAAAUCCGGCAUGCCCCGUGUGUCAUCUGGUCUUGACCAUCAAUCUAGAGGCGCCUGCGCUAGAGCUUGGAGAGGAACAAGCCCAAGCGCGACAAGGAAUUCUUGGCCGACUUGACAUUGACACGUGGCGAUCUUCCACGAAAAUUGAGGCAUUGGUAGAAGAGUUGAGCAAUCUGCGUAUGCAGGAUGCCACGACGAAGAGCCUCGUUUUCAGCCAGUUUGUAAACUUCCUCGAUCUUAUUGCUUUUAGACUCCAGAAGGCAGGGUUUACAAUUUGUCGUCUUGAAGGGACCAUGAGUCCACAAGCUCGUAAUGCCACCAUUAAACAUUUUAUGAAUAAUGUUGAUGUCACCGUGUUCCUCGUCAGCUUGAAGGCGGGCGGUGUGGCCCUAAAUCUGACUGAAGCGUCGCGUGUAUACCUCAUGGAUAGUUGGUGGAACCCUGCUUGCGACGCAGAGGCCAUGGACCGGAUCCAUCGUUUGGGACAACACCGGCCGGUGAAGGCCAUCAAAUUGGUUGUUGAAGAUAGUAUCGAGAGCCGAAUUGUCCAGCUUCAAGAGAAAAAGUCGGCUAUGAUCGACGCAACGCUGUCCCCGGACGACUCUGCUAUGGGAAGGUUAACGCCCGCUGAUGUAAGUUUUUCCUCUACCUUGUGUUGUUGUUCUUGUAGCUAA